CAAAUAGCCAAAUCACAAUCUAAUUUUCGAUCAAAAUCAGACAAAAACUCACUUACACUAGAGAUCAACAAUGUCUCCCUUCGGCUUACACACACCCUCAGAAGAGGUCGCCAAAGCCUUCGCAGACCGCAUCAAGGGGCGCACAUUCCUCAUCACAGGAACCAGCGCCAAAGGUAUCGGCGCCCAAGCCGCCAUAAGCCUCGCCCGCGAAUCGCCCGCGCGCCUAAUCCUCGUGAGCCGCAGCAAAACGAAGUCCGAGCCCGUGCUCGCGGAAAUCGCGCGCGUGAACUCCAGCGUCAAGACCACCUUCGUGAUCUGCGAGCUCUCGGACUUCGACUCCGUGCGGGCCGCCGCGGCGCAGAUCAACGACGACGCGUCGAUCCCGCGCAUCGACGCCGUGAUCAACAACGCGGGCGUCAUGGCCAUCAAGGAGUACACGCUCGACAAGCAGGGGUACGAGAUGACGCUCUCGUCGAACCACCUCGGCCACUUCCUGCUGACCAACCUGAUCAUGCCCAAGAUCCUCGCCGCGGGGCCCGGGUCGCGCAUCGUCAACGUCUCGAGCAAGGGGCACCGCAUCAGCGCCUUCCGCUUCGACGACUACAACUUCAGCGGCGGCGCCGACUACGACGGGUGGAGCGCGUACGGGCAGUCGAAGACGGCCAACGUGCUGUUCUCCGUCGACCUCGCGCGGCGGCUGGCCGGGCGCGGGAUCCGCGCCUACGCCGUGCAUCCGGGCGGGAUCUACGGCACGGGUCUAGCCACGCAUGUAGAAGACAACAUGUGGCCUCAGCUCGACGUCGCUACGAUGAAGAACACGGGCCGCUUAUUCGGCGCCAUAGCCGACGACCUGAAGACGCUGACGGAAGGGGCAUCGUCUCUGCUAGCCGCGGCGCUGGACCCGGAGUUUGAUGAUAAGUCUGGGUCGUUUAUUCAAGAUUGUCAGGUCUAUACCGCGCUUGAGCAUGCGACUGAUCCGGAGAGUGCGCGUAAGCUGUGGGAGCUUAGUGAGAAGUUGGUUGGCCAGAAAUUUGACCUGUAAGAAAUGUCAUGUGAAAUGGUUGGAAGAGAGUAUGACAUUGGAAAAUUGAAACCUGUUAUAUUUGUAUGCUGCGCCGUACCACGAGCUUGAUAAUCCUAAAUUAGCCAAUUGGCGUAUAACCAUCCAGCUCUUUAUAUUCU